AUGAAAGAAUUUCCAUACUUUUGGGAUGGAUGUUCAAAUGAUGCCAAUAAUAGCACAUUAGGAAUUGGGCGAGUGAACAUAACAGUUCCGCCUCUGAGUUCAUUGCCAUUCCUGAUCUCUGGAAUAGGUCUGAUCGCAGCUGGUCUCUUUUUCGAAAGGGCUCGCGAUUGGCCGUUUUUCCAGCAAGUUCCUGAAGUUGUUGUGUUAGUACCGGCGUUGCUUGGUCUUAAAGGUAAUCUCGAAACCACUUACGCCUCAAGACUAUCGACUUUGGCGAAUAAAGGUGAACUUCAAACAAGAGAAGAAGUAACGUGGACUGUUUUCUCUAACAUAUGCCUAAUUGAAACACAAGCGAUCGUACUAUCAUUUUUUGCGGCAGUUAUCAGUCUUGCUUUAAGUCGUUUUCAAAUUCAAUUCAAAAUGACUCACGUAAUGCUGGUGAUGUCAAGUGCGAUAUCAGCCGCUGCAGUUGCAUCCAUUGUACUGGCGUGUUUAAUCGCAUUCGUGGUUGUUUCAUCGAAUAAAUGCGGCAUCAAUCCCGAUAACGUCUCUACGCCGAUCGCGGCCAGUGUCGGUGAUCUUGUCACGUUAUCCGUUCUCGUGGGAUCAGGCUCAGCGAUGUUACCGAUGUGUACCGAAGUUAAUAAUUGCUUGCUGAGUAUUGUAAUAUUGGUGGGAAUUGUGCUAAUAUUGCCAAUUAUAUCGUAUUUUGCAAUU